AUGUCUCAAAACUGCAAAUCUACGUACACCACGGCUACAACGAGGGACGCGAAUAACAACACCCUGUACCAUGGAAGUGGGACCAAUAGCUACGGUGGUAGAGGGUUCACGCCACCUAGCGUCACCAGCGGGAACUAUCAGCAAGUGACGGCGAAAGUUCUCUUUGGCAGCGUGACGGCGAUCAAUGACCUCAAGCAGCAGAAGACCGGCCGGGACGAUCGGCGGACGCACUAG